CUUGGCGCACGCACACGGAAGUUGUUUUUUCAGUGAUUGUAAAGUUGUUGCCACGUCGGUUCAGAAAAACGUUCUUGAUACAUCGUAAAACCGAGAUACAUUGAUAAUAGACUACACGUCUGGCAGUGCAUUUCUCUGUUUAGGGACAAACUCAUUACGAUAAUCUUCAAUCAUGGUUUCUGUCAUCAACACGGUGGACACCUCCCACGAGGACAUGAUCCAUGAUGCCCAGAUGGAUUACUAUGGCACCAGACUGGCCACCUGCUCUUCUGACAGGUCUGUCAAGAUCUUCGAUGUUAAAAACGGAGGACAAAUCCUAGUGGCGGACCUGAGAGGCCAUGAGGGUCCUGUGUGGCAGGUGGCCUGGGCUCACCCCAUGUAUGGCAACAUCCUGGCCUCAUGUUCCUAUGACAGGAAGGUGAUCAUAUGGAAGGAAGAGAACGGAACCUGGGACAAGAUGUACGAGUACACUGGACACGACUCUUCAGUGAAUUCAGUGUGCUGGGGUCCCUAUGACUUUGGUCUGAUCCUGGCCUGUGGCAGCUCAGACGGAGCCAUCUCAUUGGUCACCUGCUCUGGGGAUCAACAGUGGGACAUUAAGAAGAUCAGCAAUGCACACACAAUCGGCUGUAACGCAGUGAGCUGGGCUCCAGCAGUGGUGCCGGGUAGUCUGAUAGACCAGCCGUCGGGUCAGAAACCCAACUACAUCAAGAGGUUUGUCUCGGGAGGCUGCGACAACCUGGUCAAGCUCUGGAAAGAGGAGGAUGGCCAAUGGAAGGAGGACCAGAAGCUGGAGGCUCACAGUGAUUGGGUCAGAGAUGUAGGCUGGGCUCCCUCCAUAGGACUACCCACCAGCACCAUCGCCAGCUGCUCUCAGGACGGCAGGGUAUUCAUCUGGACGUGUGACGACCCUUCAGGCAACACGUGGACGGCUAAACUCCUCCACAAGUUCAACGACGUGGUGUGGCAUGUCAGCUGGUCCAUCACUGGAAACAUCCUGGCUGUGUCUGGGGGGGAUAACAAGGUGACGUUGUGGAAGGAGUCGGCAGACGGCCAGUGGGCCUGUAUCAGCGACGUCAACAAAGGCCAGGGAGCCGUAUCGUCCAUCGCAGACGGAGCGAAGAACGAGCAGUGAUCCAGGCACAGAAGGACAUUCCACUCCUCUUCCUACCCCCACAGAGAAUGAAUGGGCUACUACUCGAGACACUACUACCACCUAGCCUGUUAAGCUCAGGAGUGGCCCCUCUCUCUCUCUCUCUUUCUCUAACAGACUUUAAGACCAUAUUUUAUGAGGACAUUUCCCUACAGACCGAUUUGAGGUGACAUCGUUCAGUUUACGAUGAUCCAGCUUUAAUGUCUAUUCUCUUAAGGAGAAGUCUGUCUUUUGAUCCAAUGAUUUUUGUCUCAGUAAAACACCGGGGCUGUGUCUGAAAUGGUACCCUAUGCCCUAUAUAGUGCACUACUUUUGGCCCUGUUUAGGGAAUAGGGUGCCAUUUCAGACGUAGUCCACGCUUGCAUGUCAUUAACUCCCCUUUCCACAGCUCCUGAACUUCAAGGUGUUAAUAAAUGAACAAUAAUGAAGUGUUAUUUUUAAUAGUUUGUCUAAUGAGACGUGUUUAAUGCAUAUGCAAAUGGCUGGCGAAAUUAUAUUAAAUGGUUACCAUUGAGGGAAAAUGCCUUAUUUAAAACCUGUUCAAACCUGCUCAGAACAUUCAUAGAUUACAUACUUGUUUGUAAAAAAUAACGUUCUGUCAAAUAUUAAACUGUUUUUGUGCAAGA